CGCGAGCACAGCUCUGCUGUUACAUCUAAUUUGAUUUCGCUAGUAAAUAACAACUUCAACUUCUUGCAAAAAAAGCUGAAACGGUGCUAAAGGUGUUAGUGAAGUGUUUGUCUGCGAUUUGAUAAUGGCUGAAGCUGUAAAAACAGAAAAAGCGGCCACAUCAAGGCAAAGAAAUUCAGAUGGUUGUUCGUCAGCGGCUGCUCAUAAGCAACUUCCUAAGCGCAAGCAUAGGCGGGGAAAGAAAUCGAAAAUGGUUCCAAAAAAGUCAAAGAACCAAUAUGCGCCGUGGAAAAUGGAUCUGCUUCCCCGACCCAAAUAUGGUAACAAGAAUGAUUGUUUCGCAGUUGGAAACUCUGGGAAAGAGUCAAAUGCCAGCGCAGUCACAAAUGCACGCACCAAAUUGUUGCGCUCGCGCUCUCUUCUCGUGCCUUAUAACACUAACCGCUUUCUAAUGGAGGAGCACAUGUCCGAAUUGCCGAAGGACGAUUCGGAUGACAAUUGUUUUGGAUCUCAGACUGAUGACCAGGAGCUCUUUCUCUCGAAGGAGUUCUCAAGCGUGUACGAGCGUGCGCGUGUUGAACGAUUAGAAACAAUGAGCAAACAGGAAUUAAUACAAGAGUGCCUGCAAAUCGAAGACCGCUAUUCUAAGGAUCAAGGGCGACAGCGUCUGCAAAAUUUGAACGCUCAAAAUAUAUCGAAAGAGUAUGGCGCUAAGAUACGUUCUCUAGAGGAAAAGAUCCGUGAGCUGGCGCGCGAAAACCAAAUUUUGCGCUCGCAUCUUAUACGUUCGCCCACGUCCACAGCAGCUGCAGCAGCGGCAGCAUCACCACCCUCGGCAGCCGCGCCCACUGCGAGUACAGCCCGAGAACUCCAGGCGCGACACCAGACUCAACAGCCGACUCCAAUGGAUUCUUCCAGCGAGGACAGUGAAAGUGAUAGCAGCAGUACAACGUCGACCACUACUUCAACUUCAUCAUCGAGCAGCGAGGGACACGAGAUGGGCGUCGCAGGCCUGAACAUUGCGAAUGGCCAUGCGGAGCGUAGUGCGCAACGCCACAGCCGCAGCCGCUCCAGGUCGCCUAUUUUGGCAAAUGGGCAUGCAAAUGAAGAAGAGCGAUGUCGACUGCUUGACACAAAUCAACUAGACGAGGAAGACAAUUCCAGCGAAGAUGCAAAAAACGUCGAAGAAGAUGUCACCGCAGGCAAAUGAGCGUCAUUGCUCCCACAGCGUGUAAAUAAAACUCACUUAUAUAAUAUAAAUCGUACGAUCAUACGGAGUAGAAUUUAGCAGCCUUGAGUCCCCCCGAGUUAUUUUUAAUAGCUAGUUUAAACAAAAAAAAAACUCAAAAUUAAAAGGCGAUGUAAAAAUUCAAUCUCGAAAUCAUAUCCAAAAAUGUUUCAGAGAUUUAAAUUUAAAACCGAUUUUUAAACGUACAUGUUAUUAUUUUUACUGGUCAGAUAAAAUUGUAAAUCGUCAGGGUUGAGAUUAACUAGCAUUUCAUCUAAUUAAGAUAUCGCUGAAAACAAAAACUGUUAUUGCAUGAAGUAAAGAGUGUCGAACCUAAUUAAACAUAAAUAUUCUUAAAUUUCAAAAAAUUGCCAAGACAAAAAAAAAGAAGAAAGUCGCGCCUUGUUGAUAUUAAACAUAUAACUUAAUCACUUUGUUUUUUACACUAAUAGGUUCAUGUCUAGUGCCCCCUUUUUUAUAUUGAUAAACU